AUGAAGAAAGUGCAUUCAAAGACGCCUAGUCCUCAUCUAGACGCAGUCAGCGAUAUUUCGUUUGAUUCGCAGCAGGAGAAUCAGUUUGCUGAAGAACAAUCGAGCAGCGCGGCGGAGAAACAGUGGAAAGCGAUCAAAUGGCUGUCUGUUGCAAGUGUCUUCGUUUCCGUCGUUGCAAUCGUCCUAGCAAUCGUGGCCGUGGCUUUGUCGCGUUCCGCUUGCUCGUGCAACAAGAAUCCGACUGCAGAAAAAAUACAAGGUGUGAGUUUUCCAUUUCCACAUAGAGAAGAUGGUUCCGAAAACUCUACCGUGUUCAACACAACUAUCAUACACAUUGGAGAGAUUGAUGCAGAAAUAGCGGACAUCAUGCAAUUUAUUCAUACGUUGAGGCCCAACGUCACAAAUCCGUUUACAAGGUUCUUUUAUGCAUAA